ACCUAUUUGUUUUCUCUUCUUCUUUUCUAGGCAUGCGUAUGACCAUGUCCACAAACUCAACGAUGAGUCCUCGCAUCCAUCGCAAAGGCUUUCGCAUACCAUCGAAAAGACAGCCGGGCAAGGGACUGCCGGGCAAAUUGCACACUAUAGCCAGGACGGGUCCGGGGAAGCUAGUGCCAGGGAAACGAAUACCACAGAGACCGCAUCCGCCGCCCUGCGACAAUUCCAAUGAUAGUGGCUUGGGAUUCGAUCAGCACACGGAGCUGCGCAAUGGCACGGCCCCGGUUGCUGUCGAUGCCAGGAGCAGCAACCCCAGCAGCAGCAGCAGCAGCAGCAGUAGCAACAGCAGUAGUUGUAGCAGCAGCAGCAGCACCAGCAACAGCAGCAGCAGCAGUGGCAUCUCCGCCAGUGGUCAGCAUUCAAAUCUGAUAGUAAAUAGUGUGACUGCAGGUGCGGCAAGCAGCAGCUCCUUGCAGCAGCAGCAGCAUCAUCAACCGCAGCAGCAGCAGCAACAACAACAGCAGCAACAGCAUCCGCAUCAACAGCAACAUCAACAGCAGCAACAACAUUCACCGCAGCAGCAUUUAAUACGCGCGAUACCUGUUUCAAGAUUCAUUGGCACACGCGCCGUAACCCGCGUGGCCAACAAGCGACAGCCCACAACACCGCUGAACAGCAUCGCCAGCUCCAACGAUAGCCAUGUGCAGCUGGAGAUCGUGUCGCAGCCGGAGCAACAGCAUCGUGCACGCUACCAGACCGAGGGCAGCCGCGGCGCCGUCAAGGAUCGCAGCGGCAACGGAUUUCCCAUUGUCCGGCUAACGGGCUACGAUAAGCCGGCCGUGCUGCAGGUGUUCAUCGGCACGGACAUCGGACGCGUCGCACCGCACAUGUUCUAUCAGGCGUGCAAGGUGGCCGGCAAGAAUUCGACGCAGUGCAACGAGAAGAAGGUCGACGGCACCAUGGUCAUCGAGAUUGACUUCAAGCCCGAAACGGACAUGACCAUCACCUGCGAUUGCGUUGGCAUCCUUAAGGAACGCAAUGUCGACGUGGAGCAUCGCUUUCCGGAGCAUCUGGCCCAGAAGAACAAGAAGAAGUCAACACGUUGUCGCAUGGUCUUUCGCACGCAGCUAACACGUGACGAUGGCAGCACUGAAACGCUGCAGGUCUGCUCCAAUCCCAUCAUAUGCACUCAGCCACCCGGUGUGCCGGAGAUCUGUAAAAAAUCGCUAAACUCUUGUCCCGUCGAUGGUGGUCUGGAGCUGUUCAUAAUCGGCAAGAACUUUUUAAAGGACACACACGUGGUGUUCCAGGAGACCUACGACAGUGUCAAUGCCGACGAUCCGGCAACUGAAUUAGUGGGACGACAGCAGCUAAUCGCCGGAACUUCAGCACUAUGGGAGCAAAGUGUGCUGCCCGACAAAGAGUAUUUGCAUCAGACGCAUUUGAUCUGCACAGUGCCGCCAUAUCUGCAUCAGAAUAUACUAAAGCCGGUCAGCGUCCAGGUGUCCAUUAUAUCGAGCGGCAAGAAGAGCGAGCCCCACACCUUCACCUAUACGCCCAAGGGCAGCUAUACGACUUUGGCGGCGGCCAGCACGUUAAGUAGCACAAUGCAUAGCCAAGGUAUUUAUUUGUUGACUAUUUCUAUAUAAAUCAGCAGACCCCUGCAGGCAUCAUGAACCAUAUACAAAUUAAGCGCGUUUCAAACAUGAGCACACACGCAUAUAUAUAUACACACACACACACAUACAUACACACACACACACACACUCAGACACUUAAAUGACAAUUGAAAAACUAAUCCGUCGUCGUCAGGCAGUCGUCGCAGGCAGGCCAGAUAAAUGCACUAACGCUAGUCUAUCAAAUGAAUAAGAAAUACAUGCAUACCUACAUAGAUAUAUGCAUACAUACAUAUG